GCGACCAGCUAUUCUGCCCCCACCCCCACCUUCACCCCCCAAUAAUAGAAGGGGGGAAAACAAACAAAACGGGAGACAGCGCAGAAAAGCAAAACAAUAACAAACAAACAAAAACCCCUAAACAACCACCAAAAAAGAGGAUCAGGUUUUUAAUUUUUUUUUAUUAGUUUAGUCUGGGUAAAAAGGGGGACGGGAGGGAAAAAGUAUUUUUCCCGUUGCUUAUUUUUUUUGUGUGUUUCCAUUCUCAACUGCCUUGGACAGUGGGGAGAACCCCCCCCCCAUCCUUUCGUUGCUUAACUAGGUUUAUUUUUCCUCCUUUCUUCAUAAACUACAAAAGAGCAAGACUUGCUUUGUAAACAAAUCAAUGAUAUUUGCUUUGGGUUGGAAAAACCUCUUUUGGGGGAGAGAGAGGAUGUCUCGCCGCAAGCAAGCGAAACCGAGAUCACUCAAAGACCCCAACUGUAAAUUAGAAGACAAGACAGAAGAUGGAGAUGCAUUAGAUUGUAAGAAAAGGCCAGAAGAUGGGGAGGAGUUAGAGGAAGAAGCUGUGCACAGCUGUGACAGCUGCCUCCAGGUGUUUGAGUCGCUGAGCGAUAUCACAGAACACAAGAUUAAUCAAUGUCAACUGACAGAUGGAGUGGAUGUGGAAGAUGACCCUACCUGUUCUUGGCCGGCAUCGUCACCUUCUAGCAAGGACCAGACUUCCCCGAGCCAUGGAGAAGGUUGUGAUUUUGGAGAAGAAGAAGGUGGCCCAGGACUACCCUACCCAUGCCAGUUUUGUGACAAGUCCUUCAGUCGCCUCAGCUACUUAAAACACCAUGAGCAGAGUCAUAGUGACAAGCUGCCUUUUAAGUGUACCUAUUGUAGUAGACUAUUUAAACAUAAGCGGAGCAGAGACCGCCAUAUAAAACUCCACACAGGAGACAAGAAGUAUCAUUGUAGUGAGUGUGAUGCAGCCUUCUCUAGAAGUGAUCACCUGAAAAUUCACUUAAAGACUCACACGUCCAACAAGCCAUAUAAGUGUGCCAUUUGUCGACGUGGGUUCCUAUCCUCCAGUUCGCUACAUGGUCACAUGCAGGUCCACGAGAGGAAUAAAGAUGGUUCUCAGCCAGGCUCUAGGAUGGAGGACUGGAAAAUGAAGGACACCCAAAAAUGUAGUCAGUGUGAGGAAGGCUUUGACUUUCCCGAGGAUCUCCAGAAGCACAUCGCGGAGUGCCACCCCGAGUGCUCCCCGAACGAGGAUAGGGCUGCCCUGCAGUGUGUUUACUGCCACGAACUGUUUGUAGAGGAGACUUCGCUUCUGAACCACAUGGAACAGGUGCACAGUGGGGAGAAGAAGAACUCAUGCAGUAUUUGCUCGGAGAGCUUUCAUACAGUGGAAGAAUUGUAUAGUCACAUGGAUAGUCACCAGCAGCCUGAGUCGUGUAACCACAGCAAUAGCCCUUCUUUGGUCACUGUUGGGUACACCUCGGUAUCUAGCACCACCCCAGAUUCUAACCUCUCAGUGGACAGUUCUACUAUGGUAGAAGCAGCUCCUCCCCUCCCAAAGAGCCGGGGGAGGAAGCGGGCUGCCCAACAAGCCUCUGACAUUACUGGCCCCUCCAGUAAGCAGGCAAAAGUCACCUACAGCUGCAUCUACUGCAAUAAACAGUUAUUUUCAAGUCUUGCGGUACUGCAGAUUCACCUAAAAACUAUGCAUUUAGAUAAACCUGAGCAGGCUCAUAUUUGUCAGUAUUGCUUAGAAGUGUUACCCUCACUUUACAACCUGAAUGAACAUCUUAAACAAGUCCAUGAAGCUCAGGACCCAGCUCUGAUUGUUUCAGCCAUGCCUGCCAUGGUCUACCAGUGCAACUUCUGUUCUGAAGUUUUUAAUGACCUCAAUACUCUCCAAGAACAUAUUCGAUGUUCUCAUGGAUUUGCAAAUCCCGCUGCUAAGGAUAGUAAUGCAUUCUUUUGUCCUCAUUGCUAUAUGGGGUUUCUCACGGAUUCUUCCUUAGAAGAGCACAUAAGACAGGUCCAUUGUGACCUUAGCAGUUCUCGUUUUGGCUCCCCGGUGCUUGGAACGCCCAAAGAUCCUGUAGUAGAAGUGUAUUCUUGUUCCUACUGUACAAAUUCUCCAAUAUUCAACAGUGUUCUCAAAUUGAACAAGCAUAUUAAAGAAAACCAUAAGAACAUUCCUUUGGCACUGAAUUAUAUUCACAAUGGAAAAAAAUCCAGAGCCCUGAGCCCACUCUCUCCUGUGACGAUAGAACAGACAUCUUUAAAGAUGAUGCAGGCAGUAGGUGGGGCUCCUCAGCGGCCAACUGGGGAAUACAUUUGUAACCAGUGUGGGGCAAAAUACACUUCCCUGGACAGUUUUCAGACUCAUUUAAAAACUCAUCUUGACACCGUGUUGCCCAAAUUGACCUGUCCUCAGUGCAACAAGGAGUUUCCGAAUCAGGAAUCUCUGCUGAAGCACGUCACCAUCCAUUUCAUGAUCACCUCAACGUAUUAUAUCUGUGAAAGCUGUGACAAGCAGUUCACGUCUGUGGAUGACCUCCAGAAGCACCUGCUGGAUAUGCACACCUUUGUCUUCUUCCGUUGCACCCUUUGCCAAGAGGUUUUUGACUCCAAAGUGUCCAUUCAGCUUCAUUUGGCUGUGAAACACAGCAAUGAAAAAAAAGUCUACAGGUGUACAUCCUGCAACUGGGACUUCCGCAACGAGACCGACCUCCAACUCCAUGUCAAACACAACCACCUGGAGAACCAAGGGAAGGUGCACAAGUGUAUUUUCUGCGGAGAGUCUUUUGGGACCGAGGUGGAGCUCCAGUGCCACAUCACGACCCACAGUAAGAAGUACAAUUGCAAGUUUUGCAGCAAAGCGUUCCACGCUAUCAUUUUGUUAGAGAAGCACUUGAGGGAAAAGCAUUGUGUCUUUGAAACAAAAACUCCCAACUGUGGAACCAAUGGAGCUUCUGAACAGGUGCAGAAAGAGGAGGUAGAACUCCAGACUCUGUUGACCAACAGUCAGGAGUCCCACAACAGCCAUGAUGGGAGCGAAGAGGACGUGGACACAUCUGAGCCCAUGUACGGCUGUGAUAUUUGCGGUGCUGCCUACACCAUGGAGACUCUGCUGCAGAAUCACCAGCUUCGGGACCACAACAUCAGACCUGGCGAAAGUGCCAUAGUGAAGAAAAAAGCAGAGCUCAUUAAAGGGAAUUACAAGUGCAACGUCUGCUCUCGAACAUUCUUCUCGGAGAACGGACUCCGUGAACAUAUGCAGACUCACUUGGGGCCGGUGAAACACUACAUGUGCCCUAUCUGUGGAGAGCGGUUCCCUUCCCUUCUGACUCUUACCGAACACAAAGUGACACAUAGUAAGAGCCUGGAUACUGGAAACUGCCGCAUUUGCAAGAUGCCCCUCCAAAGUGAGGAGGAAUUUUUAGAGCAUUGCCAAAUGCACCCUGAUCUGAGAAAUUCCUUGACGGGAUUUCGUUGUGUAGUGUGCAUGCAGACAGUGACCUCCACCUUGGAACUCAAAAUCCAUGGGACAUUCCACAUGCAAAAAACAGGGAAUGGGUCGGCAGUCCAAACCACAGGGCGUGCUCAGCAUCUCCAAAAACUGUACAAGUGUGCUUCUUGCCUAAAGGAAUUCCGCUCAAAGCAAGAUCUAGUGAAGCUUGAUAUCAAUGGUCUGCCAUACGGUCUAUGUGCUGGCUGCGUGAACCUCAGUAAGAGUGGCAGCCCAAACAUCAGCAUUCCUUCCAGCAGUAGUAGACCAGGCUUGGGCCAGAAUGAGAACUUAGGCUCCAUUGAGAGUAAAGGCAAGGCAGGGGGACUGAAGACUCGUUGCUCUAGUUGCAAUGUUAAAUUUGAAUCUGAAAGUGAACUUCAGAAUCACAUCCAGUCCAUCCACAGAGAGCUCGUUCCAGAUAGCAACAAUACGCAGUUGAAAACACCCCAAGUGUCGCCAAUGCCCAGAAUCAGUCCUUCCCAGUCGGAUGAGAAGAAGACCUAUCAAUGCAUCAAGUGUCAGAUGGUUUUCUACAAUGAAUGGGAUAUUCAGGUUCAUGUUGCAAAUCACAUGAUUGUACUCGAAGGUAGCUAUACCUGUACUUCCACCAGUGCCGGAAGUCCCAGACGUGGGGGCAUUAAUAAUGAAGGACUGAACCACGAGUGCAAACUCUGCAAUCAGACCUUUGAUUCCCCUGCCAAGCUUCAGUGCCACCUGAUAGAACACAGCUUUGAAGGGAUGGGAGGCACCUUUAAGUGUCCAGUCUGCUUUACAGUGUUUGUUCAAGCAAAUAAGUUGCAGCAGCAUAUUUUCUCAGCCCAUGGACAAGAAGACAAGAUCUAUGACUGCACACAAUGUCCACAGAAGUUUUUCUUCCAAACAGAGCUGCAGAACCAUACAAUGACCCAACACAGCAGUUAGUGCAAGGCCUGUCUCUUGAGGACAAUUUCUUUUGUGGCACAAAAAGGGAACAUGUUUUACUCUUUGCACGAAACUUUCAUUGUUAAUGUAUAUUAUUCAGAAACCUUGUAUUGUACCAUAAGACUUGUAUUAUCAAAACUGUUGGAUGUUCAUGUGUUUGAACUUUUGAGUACCGGAUAGACUUGUAUAUAAAGUGUUGCCCAUGUAUUAUGUUGUCUGAUACUAAAAUGGUCUUAUAAAGACGAGUGGACUUGGGCCCUAUUCAAGCAAGAUUUAAAAAAAAAAAAAAGCAAGCCAAAAGGCUUAAGUGAAAGUGUGGCUUUCAAGGAAGAGGAAUCAAAAACAACUGAGUUUCUACAUCGCAGCUAUGUUUUGGCUUCCUUUUCUGUAUACUUAAGUCUGGAAUCUCUCUCUCUUUUUGGUAUUUCAACCGUUGAACCCAAGACUAUUUUUUAUUGCUGAAGAUUCUUGCAAACCGUGAAGAGACUUUCUCACAGAGCAGAACCCACAACUGAAUAAGGCCCAUAUAUAUAUAUUUGUAAGCCUUGCGAUAUGACAGAUAGCAUUAUCAUAUAUGCAAUAGUUGUUAUGUAGAUUGUCAAAGAAACUUUUUUUUUUCCUGGAUACUAUUUGAAGCUUUGAGUGUUCAAAUUUUUCCUUAAAAAUUUCACACAGCCAAAUUCUUGAAUCAGUUGAACUAACCUGUAUGUUACUGUUAUUAAUGUUUACUCUGCGGUCUGAACCUGGAGAUUA